CUUGUGGUUGUCAGCUGGUGGAAGUGGAAUAUGAGUGUUGAGUGUGAGGAGAAAGUGCGUGUUCUAUGUGUGUACACAGCUCGAAAGGACGACGUGAGAGACAACUGAAGGAGAUUUUUUCUGUUCUGUUAGUCGCGGUAUCUUAAAGGAAUAGCCUGUCGACACCGAUGGUCACGCGCUCCACCUUUAUUUCAGCUCGGUUUCUAUACGCUAGUCCGGCGGGUCUUGAGGUGUCUGGCAUUUGGAGUGAGGAGUUCAUGUGAUUCGCAGAGCAGAGACACAUACAGACGGAUAACAUGACCUUAGCUGGAUGUCCGGACUACUUCCUUAUUCAACCUAACUACCAGGAAACAGUGGACCGGCCGUCCUCCCACAGGUCGGAUGAUUUGGUUGGUCAAGGGUUUCAAAGCUCCGCCCAUCAGAACUCCCCCCAUCACCAAGAUGAUGAUGUGGAUCUUGAGGCGUUGGUGAAUGACAUGAACUCCUCUCUGGAGAGUCUCUACUCCAGCUGCAGUAUCCACACAGAGACUACCCCACUGCUGCACCAGGGACACGCCCCCCACCACGGACACGCCCCCCACCACGAGCACACCCCUCAUCAGAGGCAUGUAACUUACGGGCGUGGCCCUCACCCCCAACGCCCUUUUCCACCUUUGUCCACACGAGAGAGGCUUCAUCACUCCCAGCCAGUACACAUCACUGCCGUCAGACGGCUCCAGGAGCAGCAGUGUCGUCCGUCCUCCCUCCCUGCCGUCAUCAACCCCUUCCCAGAACUCUGCACUCCUCCAGGCUCUCCCGUCCUCAGCCCCACACACACCCCGGACAAUCAUAUCAUCAAGGUCUGCAGUGAGGAUGGAGCCGGGAAAGUGGUGGAGGUGCCGGCUGAUAUGAGGGCCAGGGAUGUGUGUCAGCUGCUGGUCUAUAAGAGCCACUGUCUGGAUGACAACUGCUGGAGCCUGGUGGAGCAUCACCCACUGCUGGGCCUUGAGCGCUGUCUGGAGGACCAUGAGCUGGUGGUUCAGGUACACGCCUCCAUGACCAGUGACAGUAAAUUCCUCUUCAGGAAAAACUACGCCAAGUACGAGUUCUUCCGGAACCCCCUGAACUUCUUUCCGGAUCAGAUGGUGACGUGGUGUCAGGAGUCCAACGGUUCCAUCCCCCAGUCACAGCUCUUACAGAAGUUCCUCAACUCCAGCAGCUGUGUGGAGGUGCAGGGCUCCCUCUACUGGAAGGAGUCAGGGAAGAAGUCCUGGAAAAGACUCUCCAUGUUCCUCAGACGCUCUGGACUUUACUGCUCCACUAAAGGGUCCUCCAAGGAGCCCAGACAUCUCCAGUUGUUGUCGGACCUGGAGGACUGUAAUAUUUACACAGUGACCACAGGGAGGAAGUCGCACAACGCCCCCACUGACUACCAGUUCUGUAUCAAGCCAAGUAAGGUGAGGAACGACUGCAAGGAACUGAGGAUGCUGUGUGCUGAAGACGAGCAGAGCAGAACCUGCUGGAUGACGGCAUUCAGACUAUUGAAGUAUGGAAUAUUGCUGUACCAGAACUAUAAGAGUCCCCAGCAAAGAAAGUCUCCUCUCUCACACUUCUCUACUCCUGUGCGGAGUGUGUCUGAGAACUCUCUGGUGGCCAUGGACUUCUCUGGCAGGACAGGACGCGUCAUCGAGAACCCUCUGGAAGCACAGAGCGCUGCUUUGGAGGAGGGACAGACAUGGAGGAAACGGGGUCAGCGUAUGAAUGCUCUGGGCAGCCCGCUUCACCCCUCCUCUGUCAGCUCAGUGAUCCACAGAACCCAGCUGUGGUUCCACGGUCGCAUCAUGAGGGAUGAGGCCCACAAGAUGGUCAUGCAACAAGGACAAGUGGACGGGUUGUUCCUGUUGAGAGACAGUCAGAGUAACCCCAGAGCGUUUGUCCUGACCCUGUGCCAUCACCAAAAGAUCAGACACUUCCAGAUCCUACCGUAUGAAGAGGAUGGUCAGAUGUUCUUCAGUUUGGAUGAAGGCUCCACCAAGUUCACAGACCUGAUCCACCUGGUGGAGUUCUAUCAGCUCAACAGAGGGGUUCUGCCCUGCAGGCUCAAACAUCCCUGCACAGCUGUGGCCUUGUGACCCCAGAACCAUGACCCCUGACCUCUGGUCUCACUAGAUCCUCUGUCAGCAGUUCAACUCUCUACCCCAUGUUUGCUUGCUCCUCAAGAGUAACCCCGAUCACUUGUUCCUAUUGGAUAGAAAAUGAAAGAAAUAAGAAAGUAUAAGUUAUUAAUCCAAUGGUCUGUGCUUAAUUACUUAAAUCCAAUGCUUUAAAAUCCUUGAGGCAAAUAAGCAUGAACUUUGGGGAGCGGGGUGGAGAAUUUGAAAAUGAACAUGGAUAGACAAAUAGAUAAUCACACAGGUGGUUAACCAUAGUAUUCUGUGGGAAUCAUUGGACAGAACCGAGACCCUGUUUCCUCCUCUUUCAUGCACCACAGACUAACUGAAAGACAGGCUGACAGGGGUCUGGGCUCCCAUAUGUUUCUUAUUGAUCAUCAGGGAUCGACAUGGAUUCAGUUCAUCACAAACAUCGACGAUACGUCAGUCCAACCUGUGCUGUCCAGUCUUAAUAAGCUGAUCACCUGAUGCUUAAUGCUGCCCGCUGGACAACGUGACGCUGCCUGGGGGGGGGGGUCCUGCACCUUCCUGUUCUUACCUUACCGGACCAACCGUCUAACCCUACUUGGUCUCUCCACAAUGUUAUCCGGGAGGACCAGGAAGAUGAAACCCACACAAAAACUGCAGAACACAAGCAAACCUUCGUAGCCGUGUUGUUCCAAAGGACAGAUGAAUGUUUGAUGUGAGGACUUCCCAGUCAGAGCUGAUGGCUUUGCGUUGAGCUUGUAUUACUGUUGCAGAACUAUUUGCACUUCUGAACAGACAGCCGACAGUUCUCUUUCGACCUGAAUGAAGCUGAAUGCUCUUUUUUCUCCACCUCUUCUUUCUGGUCGUACUCCUCUUUUUUGUACGAAUUCCGAGCCAGAUUGGAUUAGCGGAGCGUGGUACGGGACUGAGAGGCACGGUUUAGCGUUUCCGAUGCCGUGACAUUGGGAAAGGUGACCACCCGGCAGUGCCACUCCGGAAAGGCUUUCCGACUUCUCCGUUCCUACCUCGUUCUGCUCCAUCUGAUCCCAUCAGAACAUCUGAAAACCCAGAACAUUCCCCGGAAUCAACCAGAGAGUUCAGAGAACGGGAACAGAGAGGAGAGGAGGAGGAGGAGUCUCACAACGGUUCCCCUGCACUUUGACCUUGGACUGUCAGUGUUUUAAUCUGGAUUCUGAUAGGCUAUGUUCCGAUGGCGCACAUAGAACACGUCACUCUAAUGGACAGAAUCACAGGAAUUCUGUCUUCUAUGAAUUUUAAUCAGUGUUCGAGUUAAUUGUAAGCUUUUUUUUUUUGCAAAGUCAGCAUAAUGCUGUGUUCAAAUACUACUUGAAAUCCUUUCAAAUAAUGUAUCUGUGCUUGAUUGAGUGGCUUAAUGCCCUGGUUUAACUGCCUGGCUUUAUCUGUCUGAAAACUGCAAACCCCGCCCAAUUGGUCCCCUCCAGGCAGGCCAGAGCAAACGCCCACACAGUGUUGUAACCCGGUCUGUGUUCCCAGACCCCAUCUUUUUGCUGUAGACAUAUAGGAAUGAGAGGCCAACACUUCUCUGAACACAGGAACCUUUUUGGAGCACUCUCCCAACUUGUAUUUUAUUUAUGUCGAUUGAAAUAAUGACUUGAACUCCAGGCUUGGUUGAUAGUGCAGCAGCCAGAGUGAAGUUAGUUCCCCUCGCCUUAAAGUCCACAUGACGGUGAGCCCUACCGGAGUGUGUAUGAAGUCCUACUGUCACGAUGCACUCACAAACCUCCACUCUAGUUUAGGAAUGGACUCGAGGGUGUGGUAGAACGUUUUCUGUAGGUGUGUGGACUCGCCCGGGUCGCCUGCUCUCGGCCCCUUUUCCUGUUGUUCUGCAUUGUGCCAACCUGUUGUCUCGCCCCGUCCUGUGCAGCCUUUCUCAGUGGUCCUAGCGCGAUGGAGCAGAGCUUUUGGCCUAACAAGCGUGCAAGAUAAUACCUGCUCAAAGCUUUCGAAAGAUUUGCCAGACACACACACACACACACACACACACACACCGCAGAUUGACGGUUUAUAGCUUGGGGCCAGGGAUUCUUCCGGUCCAGCUUUGUGACUGAUGUCAUAGGCUUCAACCAACUCCUGUCCAGUCAGUCCUGAACCACACUGCACUACAGCUCUAGAGCAGGCUGCACUACCAGCCAGUCGCAGACUUCAUCUCACUGAGAGGCUCUGUGCUUGACCAAUCACACGUUUAGUCAGUCCCAGGCUCUCGAAUGAUUAGGUAAAACUUGAACCAGCCCACUUUCUCCAUCUCUGCAUUUUCUCUUGUUCACAUUUGUUUCCUCUGUUUGCUUCUUAAUCACAGCGUUAUAAUGGAAUUAUUUUACAGUCCAAUCAUAUAGAGACACUAUGUGCAUGUGUGUAUACCAUAUACUGUAUAUAUACAUACAUAUAUACAGUAUAUAUACACAACACACACACACAUAUGCAUAUGAAUAUCUAUCUUCUAGAAUGUGAAACUAUGGAAAAUAUGUAGAUCUUACACUGUAUCUAGGUUACAGAUCACUAUGGGUGGCUUCCCAAUGGACCACGUUCCCCCUGUAGUGGAGUAUGAAGGGAACAGGGUUCCAUUGGGUACACAGAAGCGAUGUAUGGGGCGUUGUGUUUUUCUCAUAACUCUGACUAAAAUGAAAAUGAAGAUUUGUUUUGUUCCCUUUCCCAUUAUUUCAUUCACUGUGCAUAUUUACUUUGUUAUGCUUUCCUUUAGUUUUUAUCACAAAAAAGACCUUAUAUAUAUAUAUAUAUAUAUAACAAUAUACCAGAAUAUAUACAGUAUUAAAUUAAGCUAUCAAGCUGGGCUCACUUGGCAUGCUUGGAACUCCUCAGUAUGUAUAAGCUGACUAAGAGAAUGUUGAAACUGUCUCUGUAAGGACUUGGUCAAAGUCCUAUGUCAUUGUCCUAACCUUGAGAUUCGCGCUGGUAUUUAAAAGGCGUGUUGUCUAUAAGCGCAUUGCACUCUUGGCAAUGCAACCUUUUAUAGCCAAUUUCCCCAACAUUUGCAGAGAUUGCAUUCAUUGUAAAUAGUGCAGCAGCUAUCAGCUCGAGCAAAACAUCACCAUUAAAAGGGUGAUGCCUUUGUUGACAUGGCAUCUUUGAUUGAAUCCAGGCCUUGAAGCUUUACUUGCAUCUAAUUGUAUGAGCAUAUUGCUUACAAGCAACUAUCCUAUCAUGCACCUUGCCCAUAAAGGGCAUUGAGAGUUGUUUAGGACUAGAGACUGAAUCAGAAAUAAUGUACAAAGAAGAAUGAUGUAUGUAGGUUUGGCAUCACGUCCCUAUUGUGUUGAUGUGGCCUUGUCCCCUCCCUGACUCUUUGCCCAAAAUAACUACAUGAACAGUACCGCAGGUUUCUGUUCCUCGUGGGAAAACCCUUGCAGAACCUUUUGCAAAGAAAAAAGUAUUUUGUUCCAAUUGGAUCUGUUAUGUCCAUUUUUAAGUUUUAAGACAUUUUGUGAACAUUUUCUCACUACUGAACACAACCGAUCUGUUCUGCAACCCUCACGCACAUGGGCCAUGUAUGAACCAAAACAGCAAUGGUUGAAAUUAAAUUGUACUGUACUUGACUUUCAAAGGUAAUUCUGUUUUAGCAAACAUCCGCUGCAUUCACAAAGUUCAAUGAAAUGAGUGUAGUUAAGUACAGUGCAGUGUAGGCCAGCUUUGCGUUUUGUUGGAUUCUGUGCUCAUGUCUUUCAAAUGAGGUGUCUUUCCGCUCGUUCUACUCUCCCGGAGUUGGAUGUCAGGAAGACCUGAAUCAAUUACAAUGUAUCUCCUGUUCAGGUAUUUUUGUACAAAUAAGGGACUGAUAUAUUCUGUUUAUUGGAAAUUAGAAUAAAAGACAACAUUGCUAUAAA